UGGAGGUAAUCAUGAAAGAGAGUGUCGGUUUAAAAAAAACAAAAAAAAAACAUCGGUUGUUUUGACAACGUGCGCAAGUCUCGACGCAGGACGCCCAUCACUUUUUUACUAGACUAAAAGGUCAUUCGUCAAAUCUUCGUGUCAGGUUAAAGUCGUCUCGGUGCACGUUGAAGCUUCUCGGCCUAGUUUAUUUUAGCUUAGCUCGCUAACAAAGGGACUCGUUUGCGAUGGACACAUCGCUCGGCAGAGAUCAAGUGUGAGCGUAAAGUGUUGUGUUUCUCGUGUGAAAAUGUGUUCGAAAAGGACAGCAGAGUACGAGGGGGAACCUUGUGGAGCAAAAGAAGAGAACACGCAACCACGUCAACUACCGGACGCUGUAAAAAUGCAGCUUCGAGCUGGAUUAUGCACAGCAGACAUCAGUGAAGCUCUUUGUCCUGAGCGGCAAGAGCCAGACCACACUCACAUUAAAAAAGAGGAUGAGCCACAGCCCCCUUACAUCAAAGAGGAGGAGGAAGAGCACCUGCACAUUAAAGAGGAAGAAGAGGGUGAUAUCAUCAAGUUGGCAUCAACUGGUGUCCAUUUGAAGAGUGAGGAUGAAGGUCAAAGUGAGGAAUAUAGCAAGGCGGAGCCCCCAAGCAGCAGCUCAAGUCUACACAUGACAAGAGGAGGUGAUGGAGACCACUGUGGAGGAUCACAAGCAGAUGGCCUCUUAGCUCCACUAUCAGAUAGUGGUGAUUCAACUUCACAUUCUCCUAGCACUGAUGAUGAUGAUGAUGAUGAUGAUCAGUCUGAAGGUCUUAAGACAGGUCACACUGACAACAAACGCUGGAAAUGUUCUGAGUGUGGGAAAACUUUUGCUUAUAAGUGGGGUUUGAAACAGCACAUGAGAAUACACACUGGAGAAAAACCUUUUGCCUGCUUAGAUUGUGGUAAAAUAUUCACUCAGAAGGGAUACUUAAAAAUACACCGAAGAACACACACUGGGGAAAAACCUUUUGUUUGCUCAAUUUGUGGUCAAAGAUAUUCUCAAAAAACUAAUUUGAUAACACACACAAGAACUCACACUGGAGAGAAACCUUUUGUCUGCUCAGUUUGCGGUCAAAGAUUCUCUGAGAACGGAAGCUUAAAAACCCAUGCAAGAACACACAGUGGUGAGAAACCUUUUUCCUGCUCAGUUUGCAGUCAAAGAUUCUCUGAUAAGGCAAACUUGACAACACACACAAGAACACACACUGGUGAGAAACCUUUUGCAUGCUUAGUUUGUGAUCAAAGAUUCACCACAAAAAUACAGUUAACUAAUCACACAAGAACACACACUGGAGAGAAACCGUUUGCCUGCUCAGCUUGUAACCAAAGAUUCUCUCAGAAGGGAAACUUAAAAACACACAUAAGAACACACACUGGGGAGAAACCUUUUGCCUGCUCAGUUUGUGGUCAAAAAUUCUCUGAGAAUGGAAGCUUAAGAAGACACACAAGAAAACAUACUGGCGAGAAACCUUUUACCUGCUCAGCUUGUGGCCAAAACUUCUCUCACAAGGAUCGGGUAAAGAGACACAAGUGUGCUCGUGAGAAUAGCAGUGAUCAAUGAAACUUUAUAGGUCCCCUCUCCACUGGUUUUCUGUUUAAUUUUGAUCAUCUUUGAUGUCCGUUUAUCUGGUUUGCAUGAUAUUCUCAGUUGGAAAUGCCCAAAAUGUCGUUUUUCAAGCUACUCUAGUAGGUCUUUUCGGCCAUCGCAUUUGAGACGCUUGGAUUUCUCAUUAUGUGACGUGUAUUAGCUUUGUUCUGAUUGGAUCGCGCAUCUUCCCUAACCCUUACCACCGCAGAUGAUACAUAUUUAUACCACUAGAGGGAGCCUCGGCUGGAUGACAGCAUGCAGAGUUGUAAACCGAGAAAAUAUUUCCUAACUUUUGUCAUUUCAUUACUGUUCGAUUUACUUACUAUACGUAAAUAAAACACACUAUAUAUAUAUAUAUAUAUAUAUAUAUAGAGAGAGAGAGAGAGAGAGAGAGAGAGAGAGAGAGAGAGAGAGAGAGAGAGAGAGAUUCAUUAAUUUAUUUAUUUUGCUUGUCAUUUUUGUCUCUAUUGUGAUAUGGCCAUGCUCCCUUGGCAGUUAUGGCAUGAUGUUAUGAAGACUUAUGUUUGUAUUUUCUACAUUGUUACA